ACUGUUCGCAGCGCGCGUGUGUGCCCCCCACCACUCUCUCUCUCUCCCCCCCCGCUUUGAAAAAACUGCAAACCUCUCGCUCUCGCGGGAGCACGGCCGGCCGUCCCUCCGUAACCAGAGGCAGAGUGCACAGGCUUUCCCUCUCUAAAAAUAGAACCCAGGCGAGGGCGACGAGGGCACGGCCUUCUCAUCAAUUGAUCAUCGGUCGAGGGAAGAAGCUGUUCUAUUUGGCUGAAUCAGAUUAGGGAAGAAGAAGAAGAAGAAGAUGGAUCAAUACGAGGUGCUGGAACAGAUUGGGAAGGGCUCCUUUGGCUCUGCGCUCCUGGUCAGGCACAAGGUUGAGAAGAAGAGGUAUGUCUUGAAGAAGAUCCGGCUCGCCCGCCAGACCGUCAGGUGCCGUCGAUCCGCGCACCAGGAGAUGGAGCUCAUCGCAAAAGUAAGGAGCCCUUACAUUGUGGAGUACAAAGAUUCUUGGGUGGAGAAGGGGUGCUAUGUGUGCAUCGUGAUCGGUUACUGCGAGGGAGGGGACAUGUUAGAGGCCAUUAAAAAGGCCAACGGUAGCCAUUUCUCGGAGGAGAAACUCUGUGUGUGGCUUGUGCAGCUCCUGAUGGCGCUUGAUUACCUGCAUGCCAGUCAUAUCCUUCAUCGAGAUGUGAAGUGUUCAAAUAUAUUUCUUACAAAGGACCAAAAUAUACGGCUCGGUGAUUUUGGGCUGGCUAAAGUAUUGACUUCUGAUGAUUUAGCUUCAUCGGUUGUAGGAACUCCCAGUUACAUGUGCCCUGAACUUCUUGCUGACAUUCCAUAUGGCUCCAAGUCCGACAUAUGGUCGCUAGGAUGCUGCAUCUAUGAGAUGACUGCGCUGAAGCAUGCAUUCAAAGCAUUUGAUAUGCAGACACUGAUAAACAAGAUUAACAAGUCUGUUGUCGCUCCUCUACCGACUAUAUAUUCGGGUGCAUUUAGGGGACUCAUCAAAAGCAUGCUGCGCAGAAAUCCAGAUCACAGACCAAGUGCUGUGGAUCUGCUAAACCACCCGCAUCUUCAGCCCUAUGUGUUGGAAAUCCAAUCGAAAUCAAGUCCGGCUCGCAAUAUGUUCCCAGCUAUACUUCCUAACAGACAUGAGAAAAACAAGACAACAUGUUCUGAUGAUGAAGACAAUUGCAAACCCCAAUAUAUUAAGAGUCAGUCAUUUAAAGUACAGAGGAUUGUGGAACUUGACAAUGCCACUGCUAACCAUGGCCCUCCUCAGUCUACCAGAACAGCAAAAGAUUGUUCAGAACCACUUCAUCAACAGAUGGGUCAGUUACCAGUCCAGGUCACCAAGGAAGUUGUCAAAGAAGCGAUGCAUGAUAAACAUUCAAAAGAAAAAGGAUCACCGGCACGUACUCCACGAAGGGCGUCCUCGACUCCUAGGAGACGGCUAGAACCUGCAAAAACAUUUCAUGCUAGAACAGCUCACAAAGAGGAGCAGCCUCCCCAAUCAAGGUCUUCAGAAGACCAGACAGAAGACCAGACAAGACAAGCUACACGGCGAGCAUCACUUUCCCCACACAUGUUCAAAGCUCCUGAGAAGAAGCGACUUGUCGACAUUCUCACCAGAUUGAAGUCUCCUGAUGUUUCAGUUAACACACCUCGAAUCGACAGAAUCGCUGAAUUCCCACUGGCAUCGUCUGAAGAUCCAUUGUAUCCCAUCAUGAAUCUCUUGCCACCAUCUAUCACUGACAAAUCAAUCACCAAGGACAAAUGCACUUUCCAAGUGCUCCGGGGGGACAGCGAAAGCUACACCAACACUCGUGAUCUGAACCUGCUCAGUAUCGACAAUAAUCAAGUCGGAAGUUCAUCCGAUUUGAGGCUGAAGAGGUUCGACACAACGUCCUACCGGCAGCGAGCUGAGGCUCUAGAGGGCUUGCUUGAGUUCAGUGCCCAGUUGCUCCAACAAGAGAGAUUUCAGGAGCUGGGGAUCUUGCUAAAGCCUUUUGGGCCUGGGAAGGCGUCUCCAAGAGAGACAGCCAUAUGGUUGUCAAAGAGCUUCAAAGAAACGGGAUUAUAAGGAGAGGCCUCAAAAGGAAAAAAUAAACCCACAAUAAUUUUGCAUCUUUAUUAGCUUCAGUCUGUACCGUUCCACUGUGUAAACACCCCACCCACCUCCCUUGUGGAUCAGUACUCCAAUUUUCUGACCUGAAACUGUCUUGUGAAUACAACUCCAAAACCAUGUUGACAUUUUGAGAAAAGAACAGUUCUUGGAUGUACUUCAAUACUA